AUGGCUGAACAAUCGUCAGCCAAAAUUAAAAUUAAGAAUUUAAUUUUAAUUUUGACUAAGAUAUCACUUGAAUCAGAGCCAGUUGUUCAUGCAAUAGCAUCAGCAUCAAAAUCGUCGCCAUCUGUGAUUGAAACAGAGUUUGAUCGUUUGAACUUGACUGGUGGUUAUGCUCAAAACUUAAAGUAUGGCAUAACGAAAGAUGAAGCUUGGUUAAAAAAACACAAACGAAAUUUUAUUCCCAAAACAUCGUCAUUCAAAGAUAUUCCUUAUCUGUCCACAUUAGAAGCUAUUGAACUUGGCUACUUUCUCUCACCCAGCGUCAUCAAGCAAUUAGAGUUUCUCCGUCACUCAAUUGAAUUAAGCGAAAAAGCAAUAUUAGAUGAAGCAAAAGCGAGUACUGUAUUUGAAGACCAAGAUCAGCAACAACUUCCUUACACAACAGUGACAUGCGUUCCCAGCAGUCUGUACGAAGCUCAAAAUUUGGACAAUCAUCGUUGUGAAUAUCGGAAUAUAUACUGGGAUAGCUCGAAACAGAAAUACUACUUUUAUAAAUCAUCCAACUCCUCUCCAGAUCUAUCUCCUUCAUAUAGUAGUGAACAAGAAUUCAGAUUUGACUCGAACUCUCGUUCGACAAAACCACCACCAAAAGUCGAUCGUAUAUUAGAUAAGCCUGUCUUUAUUAUACCAUCAACGACCGAUAAUUUUUUUCACACAAUAAUCGAUUAUUGGUAUCCAGUUUUUUUAAAUAUAUUAGAAUAUCAAAACUUAUCCUAUUUCAUUGAUCGUUCUAGUGCUCAGUUAUGGUUAGGACAGCGUUUGUUAGACGCUUAUCCCAACAACUGGAAUCAAUUAAGUACCAAACAAAAUCAAGCCACACCAGAGUACGGCCGUAUAGUGUCUACUGAUCCAGUUCGUACAGUGAACUCGUAUACUCACAACACCAUUGCUUACGAUCAGAUGCAAUCAACAUUUUCUCUCUUGCCAUUGUUGACUCCACGUACAUGGUUUAACAAUGAAUGGUUACUUAUCAAACGUUUAAUACAUCCUGGUAUAGGUGACGACCGAACGUUUGUCAAUGAAGUUCAGUAUUGGUAUGGACCGAGAAGUGAACAUCCACGAUGGCCGUAUCUAGAUCGUCAACAACAGAAAUACUUCUUUACAUAUUCCGAUCAUAUUUUAAAAAAGUUAAAUCUCCCAAGUAAAUUAGAUGUGCCGUCAACAACGACGACCGACGUUGAGUAUAUCGUUGUAAUUAAUCGAGCUCAAUCUAGCAGCAGAAGAAUUACGAACGCUGAAGAAUUUCUUGAAAAAUUAAAAGUCCGAUUUCAACAUGGAUUAAACACAACAAACACGGGAAAAGCCAUCGAACCACCGUCAAAAUUGCAAGUUUAUCCAAAAGUCUAUGAUUUUUCACGCAAUAUGCACACUUCCGCGAAAUUGAUGAGACAAACACGUUUAUUGAUCGGUGUACACGGAGCUGGUCUCACAAAUAUGAUGUUUAUGAGACCGGGUGCAAUUAUGCUUGAAGUUUCAGGUAUACGAUGUGAUUAUUUGAGCAUACAUUUUGGAACAAUGGCACGCAUGAAUCAACUCAUCUUUCGCGAGUGGGUACAGACGAAUGGUCUCGGAACCGGAUCUUGUACGAAAGACGGUAAUGUUGAUUUGCAUAUCGAUGAAGUUGUAGAUCUAUGUGAUGACUUGUUGCAGACUGAGUUAGCUCAACGAGAAGCAGCUUAUCAGCAAACGAUUCGUCUGAUACAACCGAAACACUGA